AUGAGUGGUAAGGAAAUAAGAGAUGAAUGGAACAAAUCACAAUCGAAGUACAAUGCUGAUGAAGUUUUUGUAUGGGUGCAAUGUACAUUUUCUGAAGUAAUUCCAUAUCUUUUUCUUAGUGUUGAACUUGCUGUUUGUAGGCUGACUAUCAAAUUUGCUGCAAAUUAUUUCCUUAUCUACCCAAGAAGUUGCAAGUGCAACCAUGGAUGGACAGCCAGAAAUUCUGAUGCUCAGCCUAGAGACAAAUUCAAACGUGAUAGUCUUUACAUAGACAAGCAGGGGAAAUUAAGAAACUUCAAUCACAAAAAAGUUUCAAGGAAAAGAGGGGGUUCUUUAAGGGGACAGGGAUGGAAAUAUGGAUCAGGGUUUGUGGAUGGAAUAUUUCCAGUGUUAAGUCCUGAUGCACAACAGAUUUUGAACUUCAUGAAAAAGGAAAGUGAUGUGAACAGGGUAUGGGAUGCUCUUAAUAGUCUUCCUCCCACUCACACUACAUGGGAUGAUAUCAUCAAUGUUGCUGUUCAAUUUCGUCUCAAUAAAAGAUGGGAUCCAAUCAUAUUGAUGUGUGAAUGGAUAUUGUACAGGAGUAGUUUCCAGCCAGAUGUCAUUUGCUACAAUUUACUUAUAGAUGCUUUUGGCCAAAAGUCAUCCCCUGAAAAAGCAGAAUCUACUUAUUUCAACCUACUUGAAGCUAGAUGCAUUCCUACUGAGGACACUUAUGCCCUUCUUCUAAGAGCCUAUUGUACAUCUGGAUUACUAGACAAAGCUGAAGCUGUCUUUAUGGAAAUGAAGAAUUACAGUCUUCCACCAAGUGCUGUGGUGUAUAAUGCCUAUAUUGAUGGGCUGAUAAAGGGAAGAAACUCACAGAAAGCUGUAGAGAUUUUCCAAAGGAUGAAGAGAAAUUGCUGCCAACCCUCUACUGAUACCUAUACAAUGUUGAUAAACUUAUACGGGAAGGCAAAUCGUUCAUACAUGGCUUUGAAGGUGUUCAAUGAAAUGAAAAGUCAAAAGUGCAAACCGAAUAUUUGUAGUUAUACUGCUUUGAUAAAUGCAUUUGCUAGAGAAGGACUUUGUGAGAAAGCAGAAGAUGUAUUUGAGCAGCUACAAGAAGCUGGAAUUGAGCCUGAUGUUUAUGCUUAUAAUGCACUCAUGGAAGCUUACAGCCGGGCAGGUUUUCCUUAUGGUGCUGCAGAAAUCUUUUCAUUAAUGCAGCAUAUGGGAUGUGAACCAGAUAGAGCAUCAUUUAACAUCAUGGUUGAUGCGUAUGGAAGAUCUGGUCUUCAUGAGGAUGCUCGAUUAGUAUUUGAGGAAAUGAAAAGGCUAGGAAUUGAGCCAACAAUGAAAUCACAUAUGGUGCUUCUAUCUGCCUACUCAAAAGUUGGCAACAUUAUAAAAUGCGAAGAAAUAGUGACAAGAAUGCACAAGUCCGGACUCGACCCCGACACAUUUGUGCUCAACACCAUGCUAAACGUCUACGGGCGUUUUGGUCAUUUCAAAAAGAUGGAACAAGUUUUAUCCGUUAUGGAAAACAACAAACCAUACGUACCCGAUAUCACAACAUACAAUAUCUUGAUCAACAUUUAUGGACGUGCGGGAUAUUUUGAACAAAUGGAAGAGAUUUUCCGACUGUUGCCCUCCAAGAAGUUGCAACGGGAUGUGGUGACGUGGACUUCUAGGCUUGGAGCGUAUUCUAGGAAGAAACAAUAUUCGAAGUGUUUGGAAAUAUUUGAGGAAAUGAUCACGGAUGGAUGUUAUCCGGAUGGGGGAACUGCGAGAGUGCUUCUUUCGGCUUGUUCCACUAAGGAGCAAGUCGAACAAGUGUCGUUGGUUCUUAGGACAAUGCAUAAGGAUAUGAAGUUAGAUGUAUAAGUUUCAUGGUUUGCUUUUGUGUAUAAGCAGAUGAAGGUUUGAAUCUCAGCAGCUGCAGUGUAAGAGUUUCAAUUCCAUUAUGAAUUGGGUUCGUUGGAUACUCGUGCUACCCACUUGUUCGCUGCUGUAUACAUGAUUUACAUCUCACAUAUGUAAUAGCGGGCCACUAGGUUUUUUGGUUAUUUA